GUCAUAUAAAUAGUCUAUGGUAGUAAGUGACAGAAGCCAUUACGACAGUCUGUGGUUCGUGUCUUUCUUUCAAGUGUUUCGUGUUUGUUAGGACGUUGUGAGGACGUCAUGCCUUUCGAGCGCUACGUUGAACCAGGGCGUGUGGCUUUAGUAGCCGACGGCCCCCUUAAAGGAAAAUUGGUGAGUGUUGUCGAUGUUAUCGACCAAACACGAGCACUUGUCGACGGACCCGGAAGCGGUGUUCCCCGACAACAGAUUCGUCUCAACCAACUACAUUUGACGAAAUUCCGCCUCAGCUAUCCCUUCACAGCACCGACACGUGUUGUUAGGAAAGCUUGGACCGAUGCGAAACUUAACGAGAAAUGGGCUGAGAGCCAAUGGUCCAAGAAUCUGGCAAAUAAAGAAAAACGCGCAGCAAUGACAGACUUCGACAGAUUUAAAUUAACCGCAGCGCGCGUCAAGAGGAACCGUGCCAGGACAGCUGUGUUCAAAAGUCUUAAAAUUAAAGCAGCGCGGUCUGGUGCUUUCGGGAAAAAGAAAGUUCUCAAAACUCCAGCCAAGAAACAACGCACGAAGAAGGCACCUGCACCCAAACCAGCGAAGAAGUAAUUCUUGUUUUGCGUCUGAAACAAAAGUGUAAUUUAUAGGACAAAUCAAAAUAAAGAAUUACUUUAAGCAAAAAAA